UGCGUCACUAGUUCGCGUCGUCAUUUUUGUCCCGGCCUCAGCGUCUGGUGGAGUUGUUAUAUCGGUCACUGUGCGGUGGCCACCUCUUCGGUGCGGCCCGUGAAGGGAGGGCCCUGGGCGCACGGAGGGCGUUAAAGGACAGGUGCGGCCCGGGACCCGAGGGGCUCCGUAGAGAGGCCGGGCCUUCGCUCGUCCGCCCGGCCGCUGGGCCCCGCGCUGAGCCGGGGCGGGAAGGGCGCCGUGCGGGGCGUUGGCGUCCCCUGCGCUUCCCUGGUCAGAGCCUCCGCGUCACCUUCGAGACUUUUCCCCAGAAGGAGAAGCAGCUCCGCUGUGCGAGUCCCGUUGCUCGGGCCCCGCGCCCUCCGGUUCUCAGGACCUGCGACCCCGCCGUGUGCCUGUCUUCUUUCUAAGGACAUUUUCUGCCUUCCUGAGGAAAAGAUACAAGUAGAGAAAGGAUGGCGACUGACUGUUUGACAAGUUGUUCUCAGGUAAUUACAAGGACUCAGUUUCCUUUGCCGAUGUGGCUGUGCACUUCACCCAAGAGGAGUGGACUUUACUGGGCCUGACUGAGAAAAAUUUAUACAGAGAUGUGAUGCUGGAGAACUACAAGAACCUUACCGCAGUAGGGUAUCUGUUGUUUAAACCCAAUGUGAUCUCUUGGUUGGAAGAAGAAGAGUUAGGGACAGUGGAGAGAGUCCUCGAAGAAUGGGCAAUACAACUGAAACCCAAAGACUCAGCAAUUCAGCAGGUUAGUUCUGAGGCAGAAGCAUCUGCUAGGAUAGAAAUGGAAAGAAUCCCCAGUGGGUGGGAACUCUAUGAUUGUGAGCAGUAUGGGGAAGACUUCAGUGAGUGUUCAUGCCUUAAGACACACAGGAGAGCUCACGAUGGAGGGAACCCUCAUGAUGAUGAUCAGUAUGGGAAAAGCUUCCUUACUCUGCAGAAGAAAACCUCUACUGGAGAGAAGCUUUUCAUGUUGAAUCAGUUGGGAAAAGCCAUCAGCCCGACUUUAGGUAUUGUGCACUGGAAAGCUAGCAUGCAAGGGGAAGACUUCGAAUGCAGUGAUGGUGGAAAAGCCUUUGCUGAUCACUCUUACCUUUGGGCCCAAAUGAGAACUCACAAUGGAGAAAAACUCCAUGAAAGGAAGGAAUAUGGGAGAUCUUUUAUUCACUCCACAAGUGUUGGUGUACAUAUACAAACUCACACUGGUAAUAGUCAUUAUGAAUGUAAUGAAUGUGGAAAAUCCUUUAAAAGUUUCUCAUACCUGAACUCUCACAUUCAUAUUCAUACUGGAAUAAAACCCUUUAAGUGUAAGGAAUGUGGGAAGGCCUUCGCUCAAUAUGAGUCCCUUACUGUCCAUAGAAAAAAUCACACUGGAGAGAAGCCUUUUAAAUGUGGCAAAUGUGGGAAAGCCUUUUCCUCUUCCUCAAAUCGUAGUAAACAUUUUAGAACUCACACUGGUGAGAAGCAUUUUGAGUGUAAUAUAUGUGAAAAAAGAUUUACCAGAUCUUCAUACUUAAUCAUUCACAAGCGUACUCACACUGGAGGGAAUCCCUAUAAAGGUAAGGAAUAUGGGGGAGAUUUCAGUUCUGUAGACCUUGACAGUCACAAGCAAACGCACACCAGAGAGAAACCCUAUGAAUGUAACAAAUGUGGCAAAGGCUUUACACGUCCCGUGCAUCUUAACAUUCACAUGAGAACUCACACUGGAGAGAAACCCUAUGAAUGUAAGGAAUGUGGGAAAGCCUUCGCUCGAUAUGCAUGCCUUAUUCGCCAUGGAAGAACUCACUCUGGAGAGAAACCUUAUGAAUGUAAGAAAUGUGGAAAAGCCUUCGCUCGAUAUGCGUGCCUUAUUGACCAUAGAAGAACUCACGCUGGAGAGAAGCCUUUUAAAUGUGGCAAAUGUGGGAAAGCCUUUGCUUCUUCCUCAAGUCAUAGUAAACAUUUUAGAACUCACACUGGUGAGAAGUGUUUUGAGUGUAAUAUAUGUGAAAAAAGAUUUACCAGAUCUUCAUACUUAAUCAUUCACAAGCGUACUCACACUGGAGGGAAUCCCUAUAAAUGUAAGGAAUGUGGGGAAGAGUUCAGUUCUUCUAUAGACCUUGACAGUCACAAGCAAACUCACACCAGACAGAAACCCUAUGAAUGUAACAAAUGUGGCAAAGGCUUUACACGUCCUGUGCAUCUUAACAUUCACAUGAGAACUCACACUGGAGAGAAACCCUAUGAAUGUAAGGAAUGUGGGAAAGCCUUCGCUCGAUAUGCAUGCCUUAUUCGCCAUGGAAGAACUCACACUGGAGAGAAGCCGUUUAAAUGUGAAAAAUGUGGGAAAGCCUUCACUCGAUAUGAAUCCCUUACUGUCCAUAGAAGAACUCACACUGGAGAGAAGCCUUUUAAAUGUGACAAAUGUGGGAAAGCCUUUGCUAUGUCCUCAAAUCUUGGUGAACAUUUGAGAGUUCAUACUGGAGAAAAGCGUUUUGGUUGUAAUGUCUGUGGGAAAAAAUUUGCUAGGGCUUCAUAUGUAAUCAUUCACAAGCGUGCUCACACUGGAGAGAAACCCUGUAAAAGUAAGGAAUGUGGAAAGGGCUUUCAAUGUUGUCACCACAGCAUUCACAAGCAAACUCAUACUGGAGAAAAACCCUAUUAACAUAAGGAAUUUGGGAAAGCCUUCACUAAAUCGUCAGGCUGUAUUGACCACAUAAAAGCUCACAGUGUAGAGAAGCCCUUUAAAUAUGACAUAUAUAGGAAAGCCUUUGAUAGUUCCUCAGAUCUUGAUAAACAUUUUAGACCCAUACUAGACAUAAGCCCUUUAGAGUGUCAUGUGUGUAGGAAAAUAUUUACCAGUUCUUGGUACUUGAUGAUUCAGAAGUGUACUCACACUGGAGAGAAACCUUAGAAAUGUAAGGAAUGUUGGAAAUCCUUCAGUUUCCCAGUUAGUUCUGGUGUUUUGAAGGAAAUCCCCUGGAGAGAAACUGUAUUAGCGUAAGGAAUGUGGUAAAACCCUCAGGAGUCCUUAUUCACUCCAAAGAUAUGAAAGGACCGCACUGCAGAGAUGCUUUCCAAUUAAGAAAUGAAGGAAAGCCAUGAGAUUCUCCUCACAGCCCAGCAUGUGAGGACUAACAGUGAAGCCAUAGUAUUAAGAAACAUGGAAAGCCGUUCCCUAUUUCCUCAGUGAAAUAUGUAUUUCUUACAUGUGAGAGAUCUCACAGUGGAGACAAAUCCAACUGAUAGGUGGGAAAAUUGUUCUGACGGUGUUCACUUGUGAUUUCACUUUGGAGAAAAGCUUUACGAAUGUAAGAAAUGUAGUAGAGUCGUUAUUUUCCAUUGUAUCAUUUCUCAUCUUUAGUAAACGUGGUGAUCCACAGUCAACAGGAAGUGAGUACAGGGAAUAUGGGAAGUGCUACCCUGAGUGUGUGAAUCUUAGGGUCUUCUGAGAUGCAUAGCAUCCUGGGUGGUUCUCUAGAUCUAUUUUAAGCCUUUGUGAUUAGCCCUAACCAUUCUUGUGCAUGAUGUCUCUUUCUUUCUGCUGAUAGGCCAGUCUAGUUCCCCCACAUUCCAAGAUGCACCCUGGUCAAAAGUUGGUCUACUCAAUUCACAUCUAAUCCUCUUCUAACUACCUCAUCUCUCUUGUUGGAUUGACAUGGUCUUACAUUGUGAAGGCAGUGACUGCUUGACUGUGUGGAGUGCUCACUGAACUCAUUUAGGGGGAGUCAUGCUGGCCACUGUAUUUGGUGGUAAAAAGACAUCUCUAAAUUUUAUAAAAUUAUCUUUUCCCUCUCACAUGAGAUCCUUUCAGAUAGAAAGUCAGUUUCAAGCAUGGUGUAGUUGGCAGAGAACUGAGGUAACACUUAAAAUAUGGGAUACCCUGAUCUCAUGAUCUUUAUGCGUGAACAGCAACCCUACUACCUGGGGAGGACUUUUAACCUCAAGCUGUACAGGAUGAUGGUGAGAAUCAGGAAUGUUCUCUUUCACAGCAUACCCCACCACAGCAUGGCAAAAUAAUGAUCUCAUUUGACUGCCUCAAGCAACUGUUACUGGUGAUAGGACCUGCUUCUAUGUUUGUCAUUUGAUCCAUGGGCUGUGGAAAUAGAAAAACUCAUGUGAAUAUACGUGGUCUGGAUAACCUGCUGUGCUGCAGGCCCUUUUUGGGAGGGCAUCGCCUCAGUGUGAACUCUGGUUGUAGACAGAGCAGCACAAUAUCAUUUCACCUUCAGUGAUACACGUUCACAUGGUUUGGAUGCUCAAGCAACCUUGGCUGUGUCAGGUAUGGCCAUCAGGCAUGCAGGUGCUUGAUGACACCUUCUUGUGACUUGAAGCACUGUAUGAGAACCUAAAUCAAGCUUAAUGAGUCCCGAACAAGAAUUGUGUGUUAUGUUUGUGUUACAUGUUUGUGUGUUUGGAGGAGUAUGUCAUGUUGUGGUUCACCUGGGGUAGGUAUUUUGUCAUUCAAUCCCUCUGUUGUCCUUUUAAUUAUUGGCAACAACACCAAAGAUCAGCUGAUUAUUUUUAACCUUUUGUAUGUAGUGUAAGGUCGUGGACUGACCUCAGAUGAGAUCCUGAUUGUAAGAAGACCUUUUGGUCCUAUCAGAAUUUGUCACUGUUGCCACAGUCUAAGAGCUUGUGGGUAGUGUUUGAGGUCACUCCUGCAGAUUAGCCUUAUCCUGCUGCCUGCACUGUUAUAGUGGCAGCGUCCUCAAUAAGGGCUGUGCAAGAGAAAUGGAGCAGAUUUGGUCCCAGCUUUUGUUGGACAGUGGCUGAGAAAUGGGCAUAUUCAUGUGAACACACUCCAAAGGCCAAGAUGAUGUGAGCCAUAUAUGCUACAACACAGUGAGUCUUUAAAAAUAUUCUAAGUGGAAAAAAGCUAUUGAUUAAAAAUUGUAUGAUUCCAUGUAUAUGAAGUGUCUAGAAAAUCUGAAUCUAUUGAGACAGGAGAUUUGUGUUCGCCUGUAAAGUGAGAAGGCAAAUGGGGAUUUUCACUGCCAACGCCUGCAGUGGAAGUGAUGAAAAUAUUCUAAAACUUCUGUGCAUUCUGAAAGCCUCUACAUUUACUAAACAGUGUUGAGUUAUACAAAUGGAUGAAUUGUAUGCUAUGUGAAUUAUAUCAAUAAAGCUGUUUCAAGAAACAAAAGGGAAA